AUGCCUUCCAAAUUGCGUAUAAUUAUAAUCUGCCUAACUUUAGUUAUCUGUGCUAGUGCCACCCGCCGAAAUGGUGCUAAUUCAAAAAAGGAACCCCGCCCGAAAAAGGCAUUGCACCUUCACGAAGAGUUAAUGGACAAUCUGUUUAUUAUCUAUGACCCGUCCUUUUUUGCGGUCGUUUGGCCGAAAAUUAAAAAUGGCGUACACCUGAACUUGGAUAGAUAUUGUUGGGGUGAACUGAGUGUAUUAUACAAAGAUUACUUGGAUGGGAGGGCUUGGGCAUAUAAAACUGCCGAUGCAACGGGGCGAUACUCGUCAUCGUUCUUCGCAGGCAACAAAUUUUGGCUUGGAUCUAAACAACAAUGUCGUGUGCUGAACGAAGCUUUCGAGUCAAGAGAAGAGGACGAGACGUGGGGUGAGUUCUACAGCGGGGAUUACCUCAACACCUUAUUACGGAAGGAGAAACGAUAUGGUAAUAAUCACCAGGAUUGGCACUCUCUGGUGGAGAGAGACGAGCUGAUGAGGCGAGUUGUCCAGUCGGACAAUUCACCUCCCUUCACCCUCGAAUACAGCACGCUUCGGAUCGAGUUGAACAUUACCAAAUUCUCUUUAGCGAAGUCAUACGAGGUGACGCUGGGCGUGUGCCUUCCAAGAUCCUGUUCACCUGAAGAUGUCGUCUCCAUAGUGAACUUCUCCAUUAUGCUGAACCACCUGAAGACCAACAACUCACUGAGUCGAACCGUUCGUGUUGUGUCCGUGAGACAAGCGGCCGGCUACGACAUAAAGAACGAUGUAGUGGCAGUAUUGACUAUUCUGAUGAGCCUGGUCUUCGUACUAUUGGCUCUUGUUGCUACCCUGGUCGAUCUGGACUUCGCCAAACAUGAAAAGAUUAACUUUGCUGUUACCCCGACACAUAACAUUUCGGAUACCCCGAGAAGUAGAUCGGUGGAUGUCAAGAGUCUGAACAGCACAUUGAGGAUCAGCGACGUGAAGGUCCACCGUAUGGUUCCCUCAGUAUCCUCAGAAGUGUCGGGCAACUGUGUCCGAUGCGGCAAGUACAGAAAGCAGUGCGCGAUUUCUAGACAGUUCGAGACCUUUCCACCCUGUCCAAGAGCCAAAUUCGACUCUUGCGCAACUCAAGAGCGAAAGAAGGGAUACUUCAAGGGCUUACUGUUGAGCUUUUCGAUAAAACAGAGCUGGAAGAGGAUUUUCAAUACUAAUAUGGCGAACAAGGAUCUUUCUGUCGUGCACGCUGUUAAGGUGGUACUCACGUUGUGGAUCAUAUUUGUCCACGUGGCCACCGUUGUUAGUUAUUUAUCAGAUAGCGGUGACAUCAACGAAUAUAACUUAAUGUACUAUAUUCUGACGAGUGGGACGCUCGUAUUCGACACCUUAUUCUUUGCUAGAGGAAUGUUCAGCGCGCACCACUUUUUCUACCUGAAGGGGCGUUACUCCGUCAAAGAGCUGGUGGCGUGCGGAGGACCCUGUGGACAGGCUUCUCAGCUUCUCUGCUUCAUCGCAAACCGGAUUAUACGAUUACUGCCCCCCUAUAUCUACACGAUAUUCCUAACAUCCGUACUGGCGCGAGUCACUAGCGAGAGUUCAGUGCUGUCCCUUCCCGAGAACGAUGCGCACAACUGUCACGAGCACUGGUGGAGGAAUUUACUCUACAUCAACAACUUCUACCCUGUGGGUGAACAGUGCAUGCAGAUAUCAUGGUACCUUUCAACGGAAACUCAGCUGCAUAUGCUUGGCGCCUUGCUCUGCCUCCUUCUCACGACGCGAAAGAAGCGCUGGUUCGCUGUCUUCGCGCUGCUUUUGCUGUUACUGCCAAGUGGCUUCGACAUCUUCACAGCCUAUUCUUCAGCCGGACAUAAUUAUAGGUGGAACAGCGCAUACGCAGCGUAUGUUGACAUAAUCAUGAGCCCUUGGUCUCAUAUUGCUCCUUAUUUCCUCGGCAUCCUGACGGGAUGGAUGAUUUACAGGAUCGAUGGUCUUCUCACGGUGUCUAAGCGUUGGUCGCUUUGUCUAUGGACGAUGUCAGUGGUGGGGGUUGCGGGGUCUUGCGCAGCAGCCAGCGUGGGUGCGCGUGGUCCACCCGCCUUUUUACAUCUCAUCUGGCCAUGCGUUUGGAUUUGGCCGAAUAUCGUCUUUUCCACUAAGUUUGCUUACAAGACUCGCGAGCUGCUGAACAGCGCAGUAGCUGCUGGCCUCAGCCGCUUGUGCUAUUGUGCGCUGUUGCUGCACGGCCCGCUGGCUCAGUUUAUUCUGUUGAGUCUAGACACUGCCCUUUGCUCUGACUUCGUCUGUAUCUGUUUUUACUUCUUGGGGGUGCUGGUGUGUACUCUCGUGGCAGCGUUAGUAUUGUCUCUACUGGUUGAGAUGCCGACCUGUUCCUUCCUCAGGAGAUUAGCUGAUCUAGCGCAUCGGUGA